ACCCCGAGCCUCGAUUCGGUUUUGGGCAUCUUUUGCAUAAUAUUUAAACACUCUCUGUAGCGGCUUGCCUAUAAAGUAAAAUUCAGGGACAUAAUUAUGCAUAAAAGUCUUAACAAAUAUUGCUGAAGGGUUUGUGUGGUUAACUUUUCAAAGAGUCGGGGUUCUGCCGCUUUAUGUUUGACACGGUCUCUUCAGCUGUAUCUCAGUCUAAUUAGGCGCCAAACGGUGCCUGUAGUAAUAUCCUCUUUCAGAAGGAUUCCGGAGCACAGCUCUCUAUCGUCCCACACUCAAUAUGUCCGCCGGGAUUGUCCACAUUUGCUCAGUAGGAAUGCGGUAGGCGGGGCUGCUAGGCUAGUGUCAAACUUUGGGAAUGACAGGAGUGCUGCAGGAUUCGCAAAGAAGGGGAAGUGUCGUCCUCGUUGGUCCUGUUUGGAUUACUUUGAAUUCUUUUUACGCACAUUCGUUGGAUUCAACACCUUUUCUACACAUAGUACGGCCUCAGCAGACCCCUCAACCAUGUCGGAGGACCUGAGCUCCCAACCCUGGUCCAUCAACAAAGAUGAUUAUGAGCUACACGAGGUGAUUGGGAGCGGGGCCACAGCAGUGGUUCAAGCAGCCUACUGUAUACCACGCAAGGAGAAGGUGGCCAUCAAACGCAUCAACCUAGAGAAGUGCCAGACUAGUAUGGAUGAACUCCUGAAAGAGAUUCAGGCCAUGAGCCAGUGCCACCACCCCAACAUUGUGUCUUACUACACCUCGUUCGUGGUAAAGGAUGAACUGUGGCUGGUCAUGAAGCUGCUCAGUGGUGGCUCCGUGCUGGACGUGAUCAAGCAUAUCAUCUCGCGAGGCGAACACAAGACAGGCGUCCUGGACGAGCCCAGCAUAGCCACCGUGUUGAAAGAUGUGCUUGAGGGCCUGGAGUACCUACACAAGAACGGACAGAUCCACAGAGAUCUCAAGGCUGGAAACAUUCUCCUCGGGGAUGAUGGUUCAGUGCAAAUUGCAGACUUUGGCGUCAGUGCCUUCCUAGCCACAGGUGGUGACAUCACUCGAAAUAAAGUGCGCAAGACGUUUGUGGGAACGCCAUGCUGGAUGGCUCCAGAGGUCAUGGAGCAGGUGAGGGGUUACGAUUUCAAAGCAGAUAUAUGGAGUUUCGGGAUCACAGCCAUAGAGCUCGCCACGGGGGCUGCCCCUUAUCACAAAUACCCACCAAUGAAGGUCUUGAUGCUGACGCUGCAGAAUGACCCCCCAGGCCUGGAGACCGCCAUCACAGACAAGGAGAUGGUAAAGAAAUAUGGCAAAUCCUUCAGGAAGAUGAUCUCCCUGUGUCUACAAAAGGACCCAGAGAAAAGGCCAACAUCCUCGGAGUUAUUGAAGCACAAAUUCUUUCAGAAAGCAAAGACCCACGAGUAUUUACAUGAAAGGUUACUUCAGAGGGCGCCCACAAUAACGGAGAGGUCGAAAAGGGUGCGCCGAGUGCCAGGCUCCAGCGGUCGGCUGCAUAAAACGGAGGAUGGUGAAUGGGAAUGGAGUGACGAUGAGCUGGAUGAAGAAAGCGAAGAGGGCAAAGCAGCCGUCGCGGCCUUAAGGUCACCAAGAGUGAAGGAGGGAUCGCAGAAUUCAGAGGGUUUUCAGACUUCUGAGCCUUUAAGUAGUCAUCUCCAGCCGGUGGCCGCAGGUCAGGCAGAACUACCUCAGGCUGCAGGCCAGGUUCCACUGCAGCCCACACCAGUCAACACUCAAUCCACUGCCCAGGCUGCGUCUCCCACGCCAGGUGUACCUGCUGCUGUUCCCACACAGGCUCUAGCUGUCUCAGGGGAUGUCAAUGCUCCCAUUAGUUUGGUAUUAAGGUUAAGAAAUUCGAAGAAGGAGCUAAAUGACAUCCGCUUUGAAUUUAUGCCAGGGAGAGACACAGCAGACGGCGUGUCCCAGGAGCUAGUGUCAGCAGGCCUGGUGGACGGGAGGGACUUAGUAAUAGUUGCUGCAAAUUUGCAGAAAAUAGUUGAUGAGCCUCAAGCCAAUAAAAAUGUCACUUUCAAACUGGCUUCUGGAAUUGAGGGAUCUGAAAUACCAGAUGACAUCAAGUUGAUGGGCUUCGCUCAGCUCAGCAUUAGUUAAACUGUUGUUCUACCUGGUACCGUGACUUGCCUAAAAAAUGUGAAAACUGGAAAAAAAAAAAUAGUUUAAUGCAUUUUUUCUUUCUAUGGCUGUAAAAAAACCACUACUGCCAAAGAAAACAGUACAGUUUUGUCACCCAUAGGAUUAUACAGCGCCGCCUCUUUGAAUUAGGGGGUCCGCGGAAGUAUGAGAGCGUACAUUAUCACUCAAAAAAAAGUUUACAGCGUAUAUGUAGAGGGAUGCAAGUAUCUCCAACAAACCGUUUUCAUUUAACAUUCUGGUUCCCCUUGUCCUGUUAUUUUAUUUUCUCUAAUAUGUUAUGCAUUUGCACAAUCUGAACUAAAGCCCUUGAACCCUGAUAAGUGUAACAAUGCCUUAUAUAUUCAUCAGAACUACUGAAUGCACGUUUUUGGGGGUCCCCAGUUACCAUAUGGAGCAUUAUGUUGUCAGAAGUGUACAAAUGUGGUUUCAGUUGCUUAUGUCAGACUUUUUAACUUCAUUUUUGAGAGGGGGUAAGAUGCAGCUUAUUAAGCUAGCUAGAAUUUAAAUUUUAGACACACCUUCUGACUUUCUGUUUUGACACAAAGAGAAUUAAAUACAUGUGCGUUCAUUUGGGAUUAUUUUCACCUGUGGAUUAAUGCACAUUAGAUGCUCAUAUGAGUAUUUACAGCAGGAGAUGAUGUAUGUCCAUGUUCAUUGUAAUGAAGGAACAGCGUGGCUCAAUGACGCAUUUUUUAUAAUUUUUGGCCAACAAUGGAGCUCUAGAGGAAAUAAGAUACAUCAGACUUUGGUUAUACAGAUAAUAUGUAUUAGUAGAAACAAUUCAAACAACAAUUGUUGGUUUUGGCAUUUUUAUGGGACUUUGUUUAAAGCAAGAAAACUAGUGUAUAUCAUCAGUCUUAUGCUUUUAAGUAUUAAUACAAUACAAUACAAGUCUGCUGAUGAAAGAGAUAAGUGUGAGACAACCUAAAGAGACCACUUUUAAAUUAUAACACGUGAUUGUCCAGUGCUUCAAUUGCUAUAACCUUGAACAAAUUUACCUUAUUAUAAAACUUAAUUUGAUUAGGGGAAAGGAGUGCAACAUAAUACUGACUUUUGCCUUUGUUUUUUACAGUUAGACGUAUUUGUGUUUUGCAAUUGCCAUAUUGUUGGUCCCAACUCAAAAUUAAUGUAGCAUGAAAUAAGAAAGUCUGCGCAGAGAACCAACUUUGCCUCCGCUCGUUUUAUACAAGACACCGGCCUGAGGUCUUUUUGCAAAUUUGAUUGUGCGUUGAAAUUGUAGUCAGGUAAAAAGUUUUACAACAGCUGAAACCACAUGUUUUGUAUGGGCAGAUGUGUCUGUGGUAUUAGUUUGUGUCUGUUUGGAAUCAGUUCCUCAAAUUCUUCUUCUUCUUCUUCAAAAAAAAAGACUUAAGUACAUUUUUGUUUAUGUGGAUUAUAACAUAAGUACUUGAUUUAACCUCUAGUAUGUAAAUAAUGACAUUUGGCUUUGAUUUGUUUUUAUACUGGGUGUUUCACUCUUGGCCUUUUUUUCUGUCCUAUGGCACGAUUGUGGGUUGUAGCGCUGCGUGGAAGGUAGAUGACGACACUGCAAAUCUGGCUUUGAAUGAUCCCGUUUUGCAGGACAUGUUGUCACUCACUGUAUGUCGUUCAUGACGCUCAUUUACCUAAACAUUUCAGCUUUUCCCUUUCUGCCUAUUGAAAAGUUUGAAUAUAUUUUACCGUGGAGCCACAGCUGUCCUGAUGCACUGCUUAAUGCCUGUCCACCUUAAAUCUCCCCAGAUUUUGAGCCUCCAACUCUUAAUAAUACCAAGUGGAGGCUGUUUACAGUACUUACUUUUACCCAACCCAACUGUUUUGAUGAUUGUAGACAUUUUGAACGGUCAGAAAUGGGUUUUGGAUUCGGAUGAAAAAAAGUCUGUUAUCAGUAAAUUCUUUAACCGCUCUCUGGGUAUUUUUGUGCAUCAGUGACAAUGUUUGAUAAUUGAAUGUGCAUCUCGCAGUUAUUGGCAGCGACAGCAGUUUAUUUAACACUCUGCUCUAAUGUGUAGAUCUGAAACGCCAGCAAGGUUUUUCUGUUUAAUUUGGUGAUGUAAUAAUAUCGUAACCCUCCAGAUGCCAUAUUGAAUGAAAAUGAAUGAAUUUCUUGCUUGCAGAUUAAAUGUUAAGAGGAAAUCUUUGUAUUUUUGACUAAACGUAAAAUUUUAUGCUAGCCUUAAAUUGAAAAUGACCAAGUGUAUUAUUUUUUGUCCUUUUUUUUGGGGCGGGAUAUAACCUCAAGGUUUUGAUUCAGAUUUUCGGUGUCUUUGAAAUGUAGUUCUUGUUACACGUGAAGAUACCUGAAAUAAAGAUAUACAGGUGUGUCGACCCUGUGUUCUCCUAAAAGUGGAGUGACAAAGUCA